CCUCCCCUAGCCUACGCUGCGCUGCGCGCUCGGGAUGAGCCGCGGGCCCCAGAGAAGCGGCUGCAGGUCUGCGCGCCCGCCGCCGCAGCUUCCGAACCACCCUCGGCCCUAGGAGGAGCAGCCGCCGUCGUCCCCCAGCCGCCAAUCCCCCUGCACCGCCAGCCUCGGGCAUGAGGCUGCCCCGGCCACAGCUGCGGGAGUGAAGGCAGGAGCGAGCGGCCGGAGGGGCAGUGACGACAUGAACCUGCACCAGGUCCUGACUGGGGCCGUGAACCCCGGGGACCACUGCUUCUCCGUGGGGAGCGUCGGCGACCAGCGCUUCACGGCUUACGCAUCUGGAUGUGAUGUUGUAAUACUGGGAAGUAAUUUUGAAAGGUUACAGAUAAUCCCUGGAGCUAAGCAUGGGAACAUUCAAGUAGGAUGCGUUGAUUGUUCAGUGCAACAAGGCAAGAUCGCAGCAUCAUAUGGAAACAUUGUCUGUGUUUUUGAACCAGUUAACCUACUGAAACAAAAGAAUACUUCAAAUGUGGAAUUAUAUAAUCAGUGGCAGAAAAGUGGCCAAUUUUUUCUGGAGUCCAUAGCACAUAAUAUAACUUGGGAUCCCACAGGCAGUCGUCUCUUAACUGGUUCUAGCUGUUUGCAACUUUGGUCAAAUAAUAACUUAGAGAAGCAAUCUGAAGAUGAAAAUCCUGAAAAAGCAGAUCUUAAUUUUGGAGACUGGCGAUGUAUCUGGCAGUGUAGGACUGCUUCUCAAGUUCAUUUAAUGAGAUUUUCACCUGAUGGAGAAUUUUUUGCUACUGCAGGAAAGGAUGACUGCCUUUUGAAAGUAUGGUAUAAUACAGACAGCUGGCGGUCAUCAGUUACCUCUCAAGAUAGAGGUCCAGAAAAACAAACACAAGGAGGAGAAGUUGACUUUUCAUUUGUUUACUUGGCACAUCCUAGAGCUGUAAAUGGAUUUUCCUGGCGGAAGACCAGCAAAUAUAUGCCUAGGGCUUCUGUAUGUAAUGUAUUGUUGACUUGCUGCAAAGAUAAUGUGUGCCGCCUAUGGGUAGAGACUUUUUUACCAAAUGAUAGUCUCUUAUAUGAAGGAAACUACAGCCAUUGGACUGAUCCAGUUAAUUUAACAAAUAACUUCAAGAGGAAUGCUUCCAGUAAGGAAAGAGUUCAAAAUGCUUUAGAAGUAAACCUGAGGCAUUUUCGUAGAGGACGAAGAAGAUCACUUGCACUUGUAGCACAUACUGGCUACCUGCCACAUCAGCAGAAUCCUCAUCAGGUCCAUAGGAAUACCCCUCUGCAAGCCAAUGCACUUUGCCACUUUCAUAUUGCAGCUAGCAUCAACCCAGCCACAGACAUUCCUUUACUUCCUUCUAUUACAUCUCUCAGUCUUGGUGAAAAUGAAGAGAAGAGUGGGCCUUUUGUUGUACACUGGCUUAACAAUAAAGAAUUGCAUUUUACUUUAUCAAUGGAGGUCUUUUUACAGCAGCUUCGAAAGAGUUUUGAACAGCCACCUUCAGAAACCAGCAUGGAAGAAUCUAAUCAGGUGGAUGGAAAAUCUGAUGAAGAAACAGAUGAUGGUGUUGAUGAUCUGAAAGCAAUUCCUGAAAAAAGAGAGUUGAGUAGUGAAAAAAAUAUACUCAGUUCAGGCUGUGUACCCUUGCCAUCCGCUAUUAUUGAUCAUCAGAUUGAAGUGCUUCUGUCUGAAUGGAGUAAAAAUGCAGACAUGCUUUUCAGUAUUCAUCCAGUGGAUGGUUCUUUGCUGAUUUGGCACGUGGAUUGGCUGGAUGAAUACCAGCCUGGUAUGUUUCGCCAGGUGCAGGUAUCAUUUGUUUCCAGAAUUCCAGUAGCUUUCCCUACGGGUGAUGCAAAUUCUCUCUGCAGAAGCAUAGUGAUGUAUGCUUGUACCAAGAAUGUUGACUUGGCUAUUCAGCAAGGCAAACAAAAACCCUCCGGCCUCACACGUUCCACAUCAAUGCUCAUCUCUUCUGGUCAUAGUAAAUCAACUAAUAGUUUAAAAUUAAGUAUCUUCACUCCUAAUGUCAUGAUGAUUUCAAAGCAUGCAGAUGGAUCCUUGAAUCAGUGGUUAGUCAGCUUUGCAGAAGAAUCUGCCUUUUCUACAGUGCUCAGUAUUUCCCAUAAAUCUAGAUAUUGUGGUCAUCGCUUUCAUCUUAAUGACUUAGCUUGCCAUUCAGUAUUACCAUUGCUACUAACAACAUCCCAUCAUAAUGCAUUAAGGACACCAGACAUUGACAAUCUGAAACAGCCUUAUGAUACUUUAAACUCUGAGGAAAUUUCAUUAGGAGAGCGUAGUAGAAGUACUGUAGAUGUAACGUUCCAGGAUCCAAAUGCAGUUUAUAGUGAACUUAUUCUUUGGAGGGUUGAUCCAGUUGGGCCAUUGUCUUUUUCUGGAGGUGUUUCAGAACUUGCAAGGAUUAAUUCUCUUCAUGUUUCGGCCUUUUCCAAUGUGGCAUGGCUACCUACCCUCAUACCUAGUUACUGUCUAGGUGCUUAUUGCAACUCUCCUAGUGCUUGCUUUGUGGCAAGUGAUGGACAGUAUUUGAGAUUGUAUGAAGCUGUCACUGAUGCCAAAAAACUUCUAUAUGAGCUAUCCAACCCUGAAAUUUCUAAAUAUGUUGGCGAAGUGUUUAACAUUGUAAGUCAGCAAUCAACAGCAAGACCAGGAUGCAUUAUCGAGUUAGAUCCCAUUACUGAACUUCAUGGCAGAAAAACACAGCUACUUCAUGUUUUUCAAGAAGACUUCAUUUUGAAUAGCCUGGAGAAGAAAAGUCUGGGAAAGGGCAACAUUUUAUCUGAUUCUGGUACCCAACCUAAUGGAUUUUCUGAAAAAUUCUACUUAGUUGUAAUAGAGAAUUCUCAAGAUAACCGUUCAUUACUUCAUAUGUGGAAUUUACAUUUAAAAUCCAUUCCUGUCUCAGUAGAUGAGAAAAUAGAUGCAAGUGUGUCUGGUACAGUGUUGCAACAGGAAGAGUUAUCUUCUUCUCCAGAAAAGAUCCAAUCUCCUUUUUCAAAGAAAUAUCAGGCUUGCAGAGCAAAUCUUCAAAGUACUAGUAAAUUGACUCUUUCUUCAGAAAUGGUAUAUAGCCAAGAAUUGAAUUUGCCAGAAGGAGUUGAGAUAAUCAGUGUUAAGCCAUCAGCAGGACAUCUAAGUUCCUCUUCCAUAUAUCCGGUAUGCAGUGCACCCUAUUUAUUGGCAACUUCAUGUUCAGAUGAAAAAGUGAGAUUCUGGAGAUGCAGGGUAACAGCUGCAGAGACUGCCACUUCAGAAAAUACUGCAAAAAGUCAUCUGGAGUAUAUCUGGGAAGAAUGGCCUUUACUCAUUGAGGAUGGACUUCCUAGUAGCAGUGUUGUAACUAUUCCUGGAAGGCCAAUAGAAGUUAGCUGUGCACACACAAAUCGUUUAGCUGUAGCCUACAAGCAGACUGCAUCUAAUGGUAGGUCUUCUCAAGACUUUAUGAUGCAUGUAAGUAUUUUUGAAUGUGAAUCUACAGGAGGUUCAUUUUGGAUCCUUGAACAGACAAUUCAUUUAGAGGAAUUAAGUGCAAUGUUGGACUCUGGUAUUAGUAUUGAUAGCAAUUUAGUGGCCUACAAUAAACAAGAGGUUUAUUUAUCUAGUAAAGAGAAUAUCAUGCCAUAUACAAAGCAUUUAGUUCACUUAGACUGGAUGUCUAGAGAAGAUGGUUCUCAUAUACUUACUGUAGGAAUUGGAUCAAAGCUCUUUAUGUAUGGACAACUGGCUGGCAACGUUCAGGAACAAACUGGUAAAGAAGGCUUGGCAUUCCCACUAUGGGAGAACACUAAAGUUUUGUCUCAGUCCAAGUUUGUUCUGCUUCGGUGUGUCGAUUUGGUUUCUUCAGUAGAAGGAUCACCACCUUUUCCUGUUUCUUUAUCUUGGGUACGUGAUGGUAUCCUUGUGGUAGGAAUGGACUGCGAGAUGCAUGUUUAUUCCCAGUGGCAGCCACCUUCCAAACAAGAGCCUGUGAUCACAGGCUCAUAUGAUGGAAGUACUCCAUCCAUCGUAAGUUUAAUGAAACCGAGUAGUUCAUCAGGGUCUGGUUUACACCCACCAAAGAAAAUAUUAACUCGCUCCAUGACUAGUCUUGCACAGAAAAUUUGUGGAAAGAAAACUGCAUUUGAUCUUGAUAUGGACAUGGAAGAUUCAGGUCUUUUUGAAGCAGCUCAUGCACUCUCACCAACUUUACCUCAGUAUCAUCCCUUGCAACUUUUAGAACUCAUGGAUCUUGGUAAAGUGCGUAGAGCUAAGGCCAUUUUAUCCCAUCUCGUUAAAUGCAUUGCAGGAGAAGUUGUGGCUUUGAAUGAAGCAGUAUCCAAUCAUGAACGCCGACUUAGAUCUCUUACUAUUAGUGCAAGUGGGAGUACCACAAGAGACCCUCCAGCAUUCAAUAAAACUGAAAAUACAGACUACACAGAAAUAGAUUCCGUGCCCCCUCUCCCUUUAUAUGCCUUACUUGCUGCGGAUGAUGAUAGCCCUUAUUCUUCAUCAGAGAAAUCCAGUAAUUGUAGUCACUUAAACAAAACAAGUCAAUUACGUGAUGAAAGUUACAAUGAACUUUUUCAGAUAUCAGAACUAACUACUGAUGAUAUUCAUAUCUUUGAGACAGAAGAAGAAAAUACAAAGCCCAAGGUUAUUGAUCUUUCUCAGUACAAUCCAACUUAUUUUGGUCCUGAACAUGCCCAAGUUCUUUCAGGCCAUUUACUUCAUUCUAGCUUACCAGGACUCAACCGGAUGGAACAGAUGUCUUUGAUGGCCUUAGCAGAUACUAUUGCGACUACAAGUACUGAUAUUGGUGAAAGCAGAGACAGAAACCAAGGUGGAGAAACUCUUGAUGAAUGUGGCUUAAAAUUUCUUUUGGCUGUUCGCCUUCAUACUUUUCUCACAACUUCCCUUCCACCUGUCUAUCGAGCUCAACUCCUUCACCAAGGUCUCUCUACUAGUCAUUUUGCGUGGGCAUUUCAUUCUGUAGCAGAAGAAGAGCUACUGAAUAUGCUGCCUGCCAUGCAGAAAGAUGAUCCCACCUGGUCAGAACUAAGAGCUAUGGGUGUAGGGUGGUGGGUUCGAAACACUCGAGUCUUACGCAAGUGCAUAGAAAAGGUUGCUAAAGCGGCUUUUUAUAGAAAAAAUGAUCCAUUAGAUGCUGCCAUUUUUUAUCUUGCAAUGAAGAAGAAGGCUGUGAUAUGGGGGUUAUACAGAUCUCAAAAAGAUACCAAGAUGACACAGUUUUUUGGACAUAAUUUUGCAGAUGACAGGUGGCGUAAGGCAGCAUUAAAGAAUGCCUUUUCUUUGCUAGGCAAACAAAGAUUUGAACAUUCUGCAGCAUUUUUUCUUCUGGCUGGUUGCCUGAAAGAUGCAGUUGAGGUUUGUCUGGAAAAAUUGAAUGAUGUUCAGUUGGCUUUGGUAAUAGCAAGACUUUAUGAAUCUGAAUUUGACACAUCUGCAACAUACAAAUCUAUCCUGCAUAAAAAAGUUUUGGGAAUCGAUUCUUCAGUCAAAGAACACCGUUCAGUGAACACGAAUAUACAUGAUGAUCCUUUCCUUCGGAGUAUGGCGUAUUGGAUCUUGGAAGACUAUAGUAGGGCUCUAGAUACAUUAAUAAAACAACCCUUGAGAGAGGAAGAAGAUCAAGGCAUGGCAUCUUCCACCUGUAACCCUGCAGUGUUUAAUUUCUACAAUUACCUCAGGACACAUCCACUUUUGCUGAGACGCCAUUUUGGUUCUUCUGAUGCAUCUUCUACACAAAUAUGCUUAACAGGAGAAAAUGGAUUAGCAGGCAAAAUUAAUUUAAGUGAAAGAAGAUUGUUUUUCACCACUGCACAUGCUCACUUAAAAGCUGGUUGUCCCAUGUUGGCUUUAGAGGUAUUAUCAAAAAUGCCUAAAGUCAUCAAGAGGACAAAACUUUUUUAUAGAACUUGUAGUUUUCCAGAUACUAGUAAAGAUUGUUCUCCUUCUUCUCCAUUAAGAUUGGAUACAAAGGAUUGUAAAUCAUCUAGUAUUGAUUGGUCAGAGUGUGUGAUAAAUGGUUUGAGAUCUUCUUCAGAUGGUUUAUCAGAUAAACAAUCAAAUUCUACUCUUUCAUUUGACUGGAGCCAACCAAGUGUUGUAUUCCAGGAUGAAUCUUUAGACCUAAAAUGGGAUAGUGAUAAUGAUGAAGAAAAUGAGGACACACCUCUUUCAAUGAAAGAACUAAAACCUUCACAGAUAAAAGUGGAUGAAAAGAUAAAUGAAACAAAUUCCAGCUACACAGACUCUCUCAGCACAGAUGAAAGUGAUAUAUUAAGUCCAUCAGAAGAUAUCAUUGCUGUACAGUUGAAAUUUAGAGCAUGUUUAAAGAUUCUUACGAUAGAGUUGCGAACAUUAUCCACUGGCUAUGAAAUAGAUGGUGGGAAAUUGAGGUACCAGCUAUACCACUGGCUGGAAAAAGAGGUGGUAGCUCUUCAGAAGGCUUGUGACUAUUGUUCCGAUGUGGAAGAUGUACAGUCUGUAUUUAGUGAAAAUAUGGAAGAAGCUGAAUUAAGUGAAAAUACAAGAGAUUUAUUUGAUCAACCAAAAGUAAAUCAAUUGAGAGAUAAUUUCCAGAAGAGACGACAAUGGCUUUUGAAGUAUCAGUCCCUUCUAAGGAUGUUCCUUAGUUACUGUAUACUGCAUGGGUCUCAUGGUGGUGGCCUUGCCUCUGUGAGAAUGGAAUUGAUUCUACUUUUACAAGAAUCUCAGCAGGAAACAUUAGAACCAGUUUUUCCUGGCCCUCUGCCAGAUCAAACCUCAAUACCUCUCCUCUUCGCAUGUACAGCCAGUGCCAAAACAGUAGUUGCCAAUCCUCUAUUGCACCUUAGUAAUUUGACUCAUGAUAUACUCCAUGCCAUAAUAAACCUUGAUUCUCCACCCCAUCCUGACACCCAGAAUAAUAAAGUAUAUGUAAUGCAUACUUUAGCAGCAUCUCUCUCUGCCUGUAUUUAUCAGUGUCUUUGUGGUGGCCAUAACUAUAGUUCAUUGCAAACAAAUCAGUUUACUGGAAUGGUAUACCAGACAUUGCUAUUUCCUCACCGGCACUCCUUGAAAACAAGCUUAGAUGAAACAAUAACUCCCAAUACAUCUCCAGCUCAAUGGCCAGGAAUUACUGCUCUUAUUCGUCUUUUGAAUUCUGCUGGGGAGGAAGCUCAGUCGGGACUUACAGUUUUGCUUUGUGAAAUUCUCACGGCAGUUUAUCUUAGUCUCUUCAUCCAUGGUCUGGCAACACAUUCUAGUAAUGUGCUAUUUCGGAUUGUGGCCCAUCCUCUAAAUGAAAAAAUGUGGUCUGCUGUAUUUGGUGGAGGAGCACAUAUUCCUAGCAAAGAACAAACAUCAUCAAAAGCUGUAACUGUUUCUUCUCCAGUUGAAGAUGGUGAAAAACAGCACAAACGAUCUAGGCCAUCAAAAACAUCUUCCAAAGAGUGCCUUCUGCAGAACUCUUCCUCAACUAGAGGAGACCAGGAGUCUUUAACUUAUAAGGAAAAAUUUAUUCCUCCUGAGCUUAGUAUCUGGGAUUAUUUCAUAGCAAAGCCUUUUUUACCACCUUCCCAAAGUAGAGCAGAAUAUGAUUCAGAAGAGAGUCAGGAAAGUGGUGAUGAUGAGGAUGAGGAUGGUGAUGAAGAUGUUUUAACUUCAGAUUAUCAACUCCAAGAGCAUGCUAAUUCAAAUUCAUACAGUUGGUCAUUGAUGCGAUUGGCUAUGGUGCAGUUGGUGCUGCAUAAUUUGAAGACUUUCUAUCCAUUGGCUGGUCAUGAUCUUUCAGAGCUUCCAGUUAGCUCACCACUGUGUCAUGCAGUUCUAAAAGCUCUUCAGUGCUGGGAACAAGUCCUCCUCCGAAGGCUUGAAAUACAUGGUGGGCCACCUCAAAAUUAUAUUUCAGUUCAUACCUCUGAGGAGAAUUUGUCAGCAGGUCCUGCAAUUCUUCGCCAUAAAGCUUUGCUUGAACCUACAAAUACCCCUUUCAAAUCUAAACAUCAUCUGGCACUGUCUGUGAAGAGACUUUGGCAGUACUUGGUGAAACAGGAAGAAAUUCAAGAAACUUUUAUCAGAAAUAUAUUUACUAAGAAGAGAUGCCUAAAUGAGUCAUUAGAGGACCACAGUGAAACCAUCAAAAAUUCUAUAAUGGAGGAGCCAAACUUCAACAAGAUAGAAGCUGAAUUGGGUUUCCCAGGAGGUAAAGCAAGAAUUAUCCAUAAAGAAUCUGACAUUAUUACUGCUUUUGCUGUUAAUAGAGCAAAUAGAAAUUGCAUAGCAAUAGCUUCCAGUCAUGAUAUUCAAGAACUGGAUGUAUCUGGAAUUCUGGCUACACAAAUCUAUACCUGGGUGGAUGAUGAAAUAGAACUUGAAACAAAAGGGUCUGAUGAUUUCUUAGUUAUACAUGCUCGUGAUGACCUAGCAUCUGUGCAAGGUACCACACCAUAUACGCAUAGCAAUCCUGGAACUCCAAUCAAUAUGCCUUGGCUUGGUAGUACACAGACUGGCAGAGGGGCAUCUGUGAUGAUUAAGAAAACUAUUAAUAAUGUCAGAAGAAUGGCUUCACAUCCAACACUACCUUAUUAUCUGACAGGAGCCCAAGAUGGAAGUGUCAGAAUGUUUGAGUGGGGUCAUUCCCAACAAAUAACCUGUUUUCGGUCUGGCGGCAAUUCAAGGGUGACAAGAAUGCGAUUUAACUAUCAAGGAAACAAGUUUGGAAUCGUUGAUGCUGAUGGCUAUAUAAGUUUGUAUCAGACUAACUGGAAGUGUUGUCCAGUUACUGGAAAUACUCCUAAGCCAUAUUUGACAUGGCAGUGUCAUAACAAAACAGCCAAUGAUUUUGUUUUCAUCAGUUCCUCUUCUCUGAUAGCCACAGCAGGUCUCUCGACUGAUAACAGAAACAUAUGUUUGUGGGAUACUCUUGUGGCACCUGCAAAUAGCUUGGUACAUCCUUUUACCUGCCAUGAUAGUGGUGCUACAGUGCUUGCAUAUGCUCCAAAACAUCAGGUGUUGAUAUCAGGCGGCAGAAAAGGUUUUACAUCGGUAUUUGAUCUUCGCCAGCGACAGCAGAGACAGUUUUUCCAAAGCCAUGAUUCUCCAGUAAAAGCAAUUGCUGUAGAUCCAACUGAAGAAUAUUUUGUUACAGGAUCUGCAGAAGGCAAUAUAAAGAUUUGGAGUCUAUCUACCUUUAAUCUUCUCCACACUUUUAUCAAUGAACAUGCUCGGCAAUCCAUUUUUAGAAACAUUGGAACAGGAGUAAUGCAAAUUGAGACAGGACCAGCCAAUCACAUUUUCUCUUGUGGAGCUGAUGGAACAGUGAAGAUGAGAAUUUUACCUGAUCGAUUUAGUCCAUUAAGUGAAAUGUUGAAAAAUGAUGUGAAAUUCAUGCUCUAGCAUUUUUUUUCAAUAAUAUAAAUUCUUAUGAACAUAUUUCAUAAAAGUGGCCAACAGAUAUAAUGUACAGUAAUUACUUUGUAGUUGUUGCCACAAAACAAGCUUUUGUUCUCUUAUGUUUAUAUUUAUUUCAUGGACCUUUACCCUUGAUGCACUGAUGCCUUAAAAAUUAACAAGGUCAUUCAGAAUUUGAUUAUAUUGCCUAAAGUAGUCUGUAUAAGCAACUGUAAUAAUAUAUAUACAUAUAUAUUUAUGAUAUAUGUGGCGUGGUGUUAAAAGCAUUUUGUUUUGUUUUGUUUUGUUUUUUGGGGGGUGGGGGAGAAACAACAAACCUUCUAUAGGCAUCUGUGCAGGGAAUCCCUUAUUUUUCAGUGAAAAUCAGCCUUUUUAUCUGAAGGCUGAAACACCUAAUAAACAUCACCACCAAUCCCUUAUUUCCUCUUCCAGUUCCUAAAUCAUCAUUUUCCCUCUUGCUCAUUGGUAGUAGAGUAGAAUUUGGCUAAGAAUCAAGCAAAUGAACACCUCUGAUUAAGAUGUUACACCUUAGUGAUAUGACAAAUGGAUGCCUCACUGCAUCCAGUUAAUCUUCUCUAGUACCCAGGUUUUAUUACUUGCACAACUCAUUUGAGUUCAAUCUGUGUAUUCAAUAGAGAUUGAAAAUCUUUUAAUACCUUUUCUGCUAUGAUUAAAAAAACUACUGCUACCAGAAUGACAAUUUUUUUAGUAACAAUAUAAUUGCCUAAUUUUUUUUAACUUUUGACCCCUCCACCAGACAUAUACAAACAUUUCAAAUACUCCAAAACAUUAAAAAUUAUUAUUAAAAAGAUUAUAUUGACAGACAAUAGUUUUAGAAGAUAUCAAGAAUAAAAUAUUGAUGUGUAUGGAUUUGAAAAAAGAGGAUAUUUAUUUUAGAAGGCUAUCAAAAGAACAUAAUUUUAUUUGCAUUUUUCUUUGUUGCCUUUAUGUUGUUCAGCCCAAAGAUGCUGAAAUCUUUGCAGCAAACUUUUACUUUGCCUUCAGAUUCAUGUUUAAAUAUAGUAGGGCUUGAUUGUCUAACAUUUUACAUUCAAAAUACACUAUUCUACCUUCAGAAAAAAAGUCAUCUUUGGGGAUUUUUCUUUUUGCCAAAAUAAAACAAUUUCACAAUUUAAAUAUUCUGAACAAAAUAUCAAAAAAUACACAAAGCCUUUAACUUUUUAAAUGUGCUGACAUUGUUUCUGUAACUAUUUUGUGCUAUAUCUUGAAUUAUAGAAAGCUUGAUAAAUACUUGAAUUUUACCAAUGAGACUGGAGGCCGAUGGAUUGCGUAUGUGAAAAUUCUAUAGUGGUUUUGCUUAAAGUUAUUUUGUGAAACAGGAACUACGAAACAUUUUAUGUACCAGAUAUCAUCUUGGAGAUUAGUGGCAAAGAACUGAAAGGCUGGUAAAAUGAAUUUUGUAAUAUUCUCAGGAUACUUUUAUCUUAAAAGUAUAUUGUUAACGAUUUUGUAAAUUGUAUUACAUAAUUUUAAAUGUGUUGAGCAAGUUGCAGUGCAAACACUAUAGUUAGUUGAGGGUUCUAUGCACAUAACCUGAACUUAUAAAUUGUGCAAUAACAAAAUUUGGGCAUAUUUUGCCAUGGAAAAAUCUGUGAUAACAUUGCAGAGAACCAAUAUGAUUGUUUCAUUUGUAAAACUUAAUUCUUCAUCAAUAUUUUAUUUGUGUAAGCAUCAAGACUUAAAAAAGCUUUAAACACAUUUUAUUUUAAUUUACUGAGGAAAUUUACUAUUGUGCUUAUAAGAAAAAAAAAGCAAUGUGUUGGGAAAAUUCCAUGUUUUAAUUAAGCAUUAUAUUAACUCUUAAAAUGAUGUAAAGUACAUAUGUAUUUUACCCCAGAGUCAUAGUAUUUUAAAUAAACAAUCAUGCAGAGAC